AUGAUUUCAGUUUAUCCAGUUCAAAUAAAUUUUUUAGCACCUAAUGGAGCUUAUCGUUUACUUAAAGAUUUUCUAAAUGUUUUAAUUUCUAAGUUAGCAUAUGGAAAUUCAUCAGUAUUAAAAAUAAGGGAUGUUGUUCACAUUAAAUUAAGUAGGGAUGGACGGCAGGUAGAUAAACAUCAUAAUUAUAUAAUAUUUACUGCCUGUAUAUUAAAUCAACAUGAAGCAGUUUUGAGUCCAUUAAGCCAACAUUGUAUUUUUCUUUACACAGGUAUAGAACAGUAUGAAUCUCUUCUGCAGGCUUUUAAUUUUUUAAUUAAAGAACUAUUAACUUUAAGAAUUAUCGAUUUAAACAACAAUCAUUGGCCAAUUGAGUUUUGGUUUGACGCUAAUCAGCAAUUUAUAUCACUAGUACUUGGUGUUAAAGGACCAACUACUACUUAUUUUUGUUUAUAUUGCAAUUGUAAGAAUACUGAUCAUUGGAAUAUAGACUUAGAUUAUAAAAAUUUUUGUAAUACUUUAGGUCGCAAGAAUUUAAAUCUUUUACCAUUUUUAAAAAAUCAAUAUUGUAUUCCAGAUAA